AUGCCUCGUAUGGUAGCUCCCCAGCCGGCCGGCGAAGGCUUCCAAGUUGUCCUAUCGAAGCCCUUCUCCGGUGCACCAACCCACCAGAUCGAAGUAAUCGGCGAACUCAACCGCCCCGCCAGCGUGCGCAUGACAAACUACAACGGCAAUGCCAAGUCCACUGAGAAGAAAGGCGAUGUUCCUCAGGACGAUGUCCGUGAACUCAUGACCCUUAUCUCGACGCUCCGCGGCUUCCCGUCCGACGACAACAAGGACAUUUACAACCUCGACACCAAGCUCGACUUUGCGACUUUCGAAAUACAGUGGAGCAACCAGGAAGACGACCCAGCGGCGCAGGGCGAGGUUGGCGGUGAGCAGAAGGAUGAGUUCAAGAGGGUGGUUGAUAGUGUGGAGGCGUUGGCGAGGCAGUUUGCUAAGCAGGAUAGUGCUAUUUGA